UCAGAAGUUAAUCUGUUCAUUGUUGUAUUUACAACUCAUGAGCAUACCAGUAAAUAUAUUAUCAGUUCAUAAAUAAUUUUAACAUUAAAAGAAAAAUGAAGAAAUCAGCAGGUGUUUUUAUCACAUUAUAUUUGAUAUCCACAAUUUCAGGAAUAAUCUGCGUUGAAAGGAAUGAUUCAUGUAAAAGUAUAAAUGAGGUUUGUUCAGUAGACAAUGACUGUUGUUAUCGAAAAUGUAGUUUCUCAUUGUUUUACUUUGAUUCAUAUUGUAAUGAUAACACUAACGUAUUUAGUACAAUAACAUCCUUCUUCAGUUCUAAUGUGCAAAUUGGAAUGUGUUCAUAUAACGAACCGGCAGAUGCGUAUAGUGAAAGAAUGUAUCGCAGAUAUGGUUUAAAUGCUGCCCACACUUUAUUACCUCCAGGCACAGUAGUUGAAGUGGAUCUGGACAAUAAAAAGUUAAUGGUCACAAUAAACGAUGAUCCUCAUAAAGAUGAAGAAGUACUUUUGAAGUUCUCCAAAGAAGUAGCUAAGGUAUUAAAUAUUCAAAACGGGAAAAUAAUGCCUUGCAAUUUAUCGGUACCCCGAUUUCAGAAUAGCCAAUAUAUUAAAUAUAUUAAAUAUGUUUUACCUUAUAUUAGUUUAUUCUUAAUAGUGUUCAAUUUUUAUUAAAUGUAAUCAAAAAAAAUAAAUAAGUUUAUUUCAAAAUUAUAAAUUCACUUCUAAUAGGAUAAUAAGUUAGUUUGAUCUAGACUUUAAAUUUUAAGCUCAAAUAUUGCAAAAGUUUACAUAUUGUGUUUAAUCUAAGAACUCAACUAUUUUUA